UUUCUCCCAGCAAACGUAUAACACAAUUUUAUAUAGGGUUUAGGGUGAGCAGUGGAGGAGGGGUGGGAGCAUUAACCUAAAGCCAGAGUGAAAUAUAUGGAUGUAUUUACACACAUGAAUUUAUAUGUGGAUUUUAAAUAAAGUGAAUAGGUGGGAGCAUUAACCUAUAACUACAAUUUCUCAACACUAAACCUAUAUUUGCAAAUUAUCUAGGGUUUUCUAUCCGUAGUUACAAAUGCAAUCACAAAAGCUAUAGUUCCAUAUUGCCUAUUAUAUGAAAAAGCUACUUUAUAGCUACAGAUUUUAGUUGUAAAAUUUUUUGCAAUGCAUUUGUAGCUGCAGAAUGUUACACCCUAAAAUUUGUAAUUGCGAUUUUAUAGUUGAAGAUUUUUUAUGUAGCAAAAGUUAGAGCUGUGGAAUUUUUAUUAUGAAGACCUAGUUACAUAUUUAUGUGUAAUAAAGGCUAUAACUGUAAAUAUUAGCUGCAUAUUUUCGUACAACAACAUAUAAUUGCAGAUUUUAGCUGUGUAUUUGUUACAAAAACCUAUAGCUGCAUAUAAAAAUAUAUAGCUACAUAUUUUUUUGCACAGUAACAACAUAUAAUAAUAUCUUUUAGUUGUAUAUAUUUUUUUUGAUAAAUUUGUAUGUGUUUCUUUUACCCACAUAAUACAUUAUAUAUUCCUCCAAUUCGGGUUAUCCAUCGGACUGCGAUCGAUUGGGUGAUACUGGACCACCUCCGCUACCAUCACAUAUCUCAGAAGAAAAAAAAUCUCAUUCGAAUUGCCAUUAAAACAUUUCGAAGUGUCAUUUUUCAAAACAGGUCAAGAAUUCGAGACAAACGUAAUAGAUUUGAUACUGAUACUUGAUCCAGAAACGGGCAGGUUUUAAUUUUGGGUUUGGCCAAUACCGAUAUGAUCCAUCUGAUAUCGACACUUAGAAGUCAGAACCCUGCUUUCUAGUAACGCCUGUCGUAAAAUUUAGGACAAGCUUCCAAGUUCCAACAGAUAACGAAUAAUUUGGUAUAUAUUAGGUACAAAAUGAUAUUUUGGUGUAUUAGGUACAACAUAGGUGAUAGGAAACGAUUGCUAGCACAGAACAGAAGAGAUGGUAACCAUUCCAGAGGUAUCCAUGGGUUCCACAGGCCUAGUCGUCCCCUCCCUUGGCAUGGGCAUGGCAGUCUAUCCCUUAACUUCUUCUGAAACCAUGAAAUCAGCCAUUCUCCAUGCAAUUCAACUCGGUUACAGGCACUUCGACACUGCGGCUAUCUAUCGAUCGCAGCAUCCUCUUGGGGAAGCCAUUAAAGAAGCCCAAAGACUAGGCUUCAUCAAAUCAAGAGAUGAGCUUUUCAUCACUUCCAAACUAUGGUGCAGUGAGGCUCACCAUGGCUGUGUCCUUCCAGCUCUCAAAAAGACUCUCCAGAUUCUUCAAUUGGAGUACCUUGAUCUCUAUCUCAUCCAUUGCCCUGCAAUUCUGAAACUAGAGGGAUAUGAACUGCCAAUGGGAUUCAAGUCUAUUUGGGAAUCAAUGGAGAAGUCUCAGAAGCUUGGCCUCACUAGAUUCAUUGGAGUCAGCAACUUUUGCUACAGGAAGCUCGAAGAAUUACUUGUUGAUGUUAAGAUCCCUCCAGCUAUCAAUCAAGUGGAGAUGAACCCAGUUUGGCAGCAGAAGAAGCUGAGGGAGUUCUGCAAGGAAAAGGGAAUACAUAUUACUGCUUACUCUCCCUUGGGAGCAAAAGGAACCCUCUGGGGCACUAACAGAGCUAUGGAGUGUGAGGUACUAAAACAGAUAGCAGAGGCAAAAAGAAAGACAGUUGCUCAGGUUUGUUUGAGAUGGGUGUACGAGCAAGGGAUGAGCAUAAUAGUGAAAAGCCUCAACAAAGAAAGGUUGAAAGAGAAUCUUGAGAUAUUUGAUUGGAUGCUAAGCCAAGAGGAGUUGCAAAAGAUCGAUGGCAUAUCACAACAGAAAAGAUCCUCUGGAUUGGAGGAAUUUAUCUCAGAAGAAAACCCUUACAAGUCCCUAGAUGAGCUUUGUGAUGGAGAGACAUCAUAAUAAACAAAAGUGAUCUUGGCCUUACUGUAAAUGCAUCUCCAAUAUUUUAAUAUCAAUCCAAGGCAACUAUUCCCUCUUUGGUUUUCUUAUUUUGUGGAAGUGGAGAAUUGCACCUAUGUAAUUGUAUACAGAUAUUGUUGUUGUUUAUGAUGUGGAAUUUACAUCAGAAAAGGUUGUUGAACA